AUGAUAAGACAACAAUCAAUAAUCUCAGGAGAAUACUUGGUCUUCGAUACGCAUGACCUAAUCAAAAAGGGACAGUACAGACAAUGCCUACAGAAGAUCAACCGAUUGGUCUUUGAUCCUCAAUUGGCCAAGGGUUAGCCAUAAUUUUUAUAAUUACAAAUUUAGCUAUGCAGAAGACUAUUGCAUUGUUGCAACAAAAUCCUCAAGAAGUAUUUCCAAAAGUUUUCAGAGAAGUCCCACAAAGUUCAAUCGUUACUUAAUCGCACCAUCGAAUUGAGUCUCUUUUACAUCGAUUUCCUAGAGAUCUAUGCAAAAGAAAGUAUUCAAAAAGAUGCUUCUCCAACUGCAUCUCCCUCUCCAACAAUGAAAAAAAAAUAACUUUUUAAAGAACUCUACGCAGAGUAGAUAAGUCUUGCCCACAAAAUGGAAAUGUUCUUUUCCCAAGACAUCGUGAGCAAUUACGUUCCGAAAUCCAAUAUCUGGUUUCAUUCCCAGUGCCAGAACUGCUAUUUUUUAUUAAUGGAAACCCUCUUCAACACUUAUCGCUUUCACAAAUAUAAUCGAACUCCUUACGCCGCCCUAACCCUUAACCUUAUCACCCAGGUCGUUGAGAAUGUUACAAUAACCAACAAUAGAUAAUCAUUAUUCAGAGGGGAAUUACAAACGUUGAUAGGAAAUGCAUACUUUGAAUUGUAUGAGUACAAUAAGGCUGAUUAGUAUUACAUCUAAUCGAUUGAAUAAACAAUGGAGGCUGUUAGAAUCAUCUUGGGUGAGAUUGAAAAAAUGAAAAGCAAUAUUGAUCUCAAUGCGGUUAAGAUUCAAUUAGCCAAAUUGAUCAGUUAGAUUUUAGUUAAUUUUGAAUUGCAAUCCUUGGUUAAUCAACAAAUGGAAAAUUAUGAUCGCUGCUUAGAAAUCGUCUAACUCGCUGUGUAUUUCAACAAGAUUCUAGAACACUUCAAAAUUUGUAAGGAAGUAACUUCACAAUUCGAGACAAGGAGUACAGAAAUUAAAGAAAACUACAAGGAUCACGUUGAUGAAAUUAAUGAAAUAAGCAGGCUGCUUUCUCACGUAUUCCAAAUCUCCUUAAAAGAACAUCUAAAAAAUAGCAAAUCUUCAAUUGAUCUACAACAAUUAAGCCAAGUUGAGCAAUAUGAACAAAAAAUAUUUGAGAAGUACUAAUACUCACAAAAUAACUAAACAUUUUUUAUCAAAAAUAGGGAAGUGCAGAAGCAAUUGAUGCUAGACAACGUCCUGUAAUAGUAAUAGCAAUCGCAAUACUUCGUUAAGAAUUAAUCAAUGAAAAUAUUCAAACUUAAGCACAACAGUUCUUAACAUUCAAUUGAGUAGCCUUCAACAAAUUACAAUGAUAGUCAAUUACAAUUGUCAAAUAAUAAGAAUGAUCAGAGUCAUUUAACUCAAAUUGAUACAUCGCAUAAUUCAUCAAUCAAAACUCAAUUGAAUAAGACUUUAAAAGUCAAUUCCAAUCAUAGAUAGAGUUUCCUAAGCGAAUUAAUUCAUUUAAGAAAUCAAGGAUCUAAAUCAGAUGAAAAAGAAAAAUAGGUUGAAACCGAAAUCGAGAAGAACUUCAGGUAGUAAAAGGAAUUACUCUUCAAAAUCAGCAAUAAAAAUGCCUAUUAGCCAUUGGAUUAAGUUGUUAAAUCAUAUAUAAAUUAAAAUCUUGUGAGCUAUCAAAAAUGCUAAUCAUUAGAUGAAGUAAAGUAGAAUGCCAAACAAAUCUGCUAAGCUGAAGCUGAAGUUCACAAAGAAGUACCUAUCACAAAAAGUUUAUUACAAGCCAGAAAAAUGACCUGCCCUUAGGGUGUUAUGGUUAAGGAUAAAUAAGCAGAAAAUGAAUUCAAUAAAUUACUUGAAUUUAAUGUGAUAGAAUAUUUUGAUUUUGUUUAAACCAAUAAAGAUUUGGCAGUUACCAACUUAAAAGCUUAAUAAGAAAAUAAAUAGGUUCGAAUUGCAUAAUAGAAUUUGUUCUCCGAUAAUUUCAUUCCUAAGAAAAAACUAAAUUUCAUUGAUUAAGAAGAAAUUAAAUAAAUUCAAUAAGCACAAUAGAUAGCAGAAUAAGCAGAGAAUUUAUUAAAAAGAACCUAUGAUAAAAGAAAAUCAACUUAAAAAUAGUCUAGAAUAGCACUUUUAAAUUUCAUGCAAGACAAAGUGCAUAAAUCCUAGAAAUAAGAUACUAUAAUACCAAUGUCUUAUGAUUAAUCAUUAGAUUAAGCUCGUAAUUCAAUUAAAAAAGUAUUAUCAUUGAAUGAGAAACAAAAGCACAAAUUUGAAGAGGAAGAUCAAGAAUUGAGAGAAACUGAAUUGCCUUACAAAUUCAAGAGAUCUUUAUCUGGAAGUUCAAAAAAGAAAAUAUAAUCUAAGAGUAUUUUGAUCAAGAAAGAAUUUGGCCAUUUAUGUUCAUCAACAAAAAACAUCAGAGAAAAGGAUUUUGGAUCUUCACAUAAUACAGAAACAAAGAUAAGAGGAAUCUCAUUAGAUAGGAUUAAAUGA